CGACACUCGAUUGUUUGUACAAGAUUCAUACACGGCGAAUCCCCAAUACGUGACUACAACACCACACCUGGUAUCAGUUAGAAUCAAAUUCUUACCUGUAUUCAUCAACCGACAACCUCUACAACCCCCCUUUGUUCUCGAGAGAUCCUUCUCAGAAAGACGCAUCGACUUGGAAUUUAGCAUGUUCAUGCCUAAUCCUGAUCCAUCUCGAUAUUUGCGACAAGUAAAUAAAGCUGCUAAGGCAAUUUACCAUGGAUACAAACCUAGAUUUCUCCAGUAAGUUUCCCAGGAUGUAUUUUACCCUGUAUGUGUAAGAUCACAGCCGGAAAAGAAAUAAACAAAGCUGAGCAAUAGACUUCAAUCCGGUGGACCCAAAAUAUUCUUCAAUCCAGAACGAGACUUCGUCGAAAUGGAUGAAAUCUCCACAUUCCUACUAUGGUACUAUGGCCACAUAGAAACCAUCAACGCUCCCGCAGAAAUAGCAGGUUUCGACGAAAUUCGAUUCCUCCAAUUGGGGAACCCCACCUUUCGGUUUCCUCAAGGCAUGCCGCCACGCAUCGAGUUUCAGGGUAUCCACGUCCUACGCCGUGGCAGGCAUGAACUGUUAAGGAGUGUGAUAUUUCCAGAAGACAAAGACCCGAAUUCAGAUCCGGGCCCGAUAAUGCGAGGUAGUACACCGUAUUCAAAGUCUGUGGGGAAGAUAUUGGUGUAUAUGUCAGGAAAGUCAGACCCUGAUCAACGGUAUCACAAUUUUCCUACACGCUACCGAUUCAUCUGGGAAGAGGUUGUGAAUUCGAGGCAAUUUGCAAUGACAGAUAGACUUCUCCAAUUUUAUUCUUAGUACGGGUAGAUGUAAAUCUGAUUCACAAAGGAUAAGUCCUGUAGAUAAAGUAGAAGAUCUAGUGCAUUGCGAAAAC